AUGGGUGAGACCGCGCAGCUUGAAAAUGCGGAAGCAAUUAAUCCGAGCGAUGAUGCGUUUCCCAACAGGACAGUGAUGAAUGAGCAGAACGCUGAGGAAAACGGCGAUGCUGGAAUGGACAUCGAGAGAAUGCCAAGUGAGGGAAAAGAGCGAGAGAUGUUGGAGCAUGCAGCAGCAAGUGCUGCCUCUGAAGUGGAGCUGGAGGACAAGUAUCAAGCAAAAAAGGAAGUCGAAGACGAACUGGAAAAAACGAUAAAUGAAGUAGCCGAGGUAUGUUAA